AUGCCUGGAGAGGGGCACAACUGGCGCACACCGCUCCUCCGAUGGACUGUCCUGGGCAUCGGCUGGAGUCUGUACCUCUUCUGCCGUGGCUGUGUGAUUGGCCAGAUGAAGUACGAUCCCCGGCAGCGACGGCUGAUCAUUCGGGCGCGCGGCAUCCUGACCAAACGCCUGGCACUGGUCAUCAAGCUCUUCGUGCUCCUUUCGGACUACUUUGGCCUCAUCUAUAUCUUGCUGGCGGUCUUCCCCCUUCUGGGGGACACCGAGGACAGCAGGCGGAAGGGCAGGCAGAUCUUCCAGAGCCUGGUGACGCUGGUGGGCAUGGCCCUGGCCUACUGGAACAUCGGUCGCCUGCUGUACUGGCUGAGCAGCCUCGGCCACAAUCGAUCCAUUGUCCGGGUGGUCAACGAGGUCAUCCGGCUGCACGGCCUCAUCGAUCGCCGCUUCGGGCCGCUGCUCCUGGCCGACCUGCACAUCCUGAUCGUGUUCGUGGCGGAGCUCCACAUGACCGUCCUGCACCUGUUCAACUGCCUCCGCUUCCAGAUGAUCCUGUUCCUGUACAACAUCGUGCUGCUGGAGGUGUUCUUCGGCGCCUACAUGGCCUACCAGCUGCUGCUGCUCUCCUGGCUGUCCAGCUUCAGUCGCUUCCUGCAGGGCUACCAUCGCGGCGAGCGCUCGAGGCUGCGGCGCCUGUUCGGCCUCUACGCGCGGGUCAGCAACGGCCACCAGGCGAUUAUGGAGCUCUGGCUGCCGGUGGCCAGUAUGCUCUUCUCCAGCAUCGUGGUCAUGGUCGUCGACUGCGCCAGCAUCAUCCACUGCAUUCUGUUCAAGCACAGCCUGGACAUGAGGCAAAAGUGGCACGAGGUCCUCAACCACUUGGGCGGCUGUCUGGCUCCGCUGCUGCGGAUGCUCCUCAUCGGCCUGUGCAACGAUCGUCUCACACGGCUGGAGCAUCUUCUAAGUCUCCAGCUGCUGGGCAUCGAUCUGGGCCUAGAAGAUCACCAAAAGAAGGACCCUGAACAGGAGAGGAGCUCUGCCAGGCAGUGGAGGCAUUUGCAAAUCUGCUUCGAGCUGCAGACACGCGCCCAGCCCAUCAGAAACCACAUCAUGAGCGUCCACCAGACCUGCGGCGGCCCCUUCGUCCUGGAGUUCUUCUUCUGCACUUUGGUCAACUCCUUCAGCUGUGUCCAGUAUGUCCUUAGCAUGGGCACGCAGUCCGAGAAGUUUCAGGGCUUUUUUUAUUCCCGUUAA